AUGGCGGACUUGUCGGGGACCGAGCUGUCAGAAGAGAAAGAAGCAGAAAUUGAGCUAAAAAAAAGACAAAAACGACCGUGGGAUGAUUUGCACAAGUCGGGCAAAAUCGGCAUAACCCCCCCGCUGCCGGAGACGUUGGGAUUUUACGAUAUAAGCGCUGUCAGGAGGGAGCAACGAGAUCUGUCAGCAGAUCCGUCGUUGACACGCUUCAUUUGCACGGAGCUCACCAGAGGCUACUUCCUGGAGCACAAUGAGGCAAAGUACACCGAGCGCAGGGAGAGAGUUUACACAUGCAUGCGUAUUCCCAAGGAGCUUGAGAAGCUGAUGACAUUCGGCUUCUUCUUGUGCGUGGAUGCCUUCCUGUACGUCUUCACUCUGCUGCCCCUAAGGGUGCUGCUGGCCCUGCUCCGCCUCCUCACCCUGCCAUGCUGUGGCUUCAGCGGGUCCCGGCUGCUGCAGCCAGCACAGGUGUGCGACAUGCUGAAGGGCCUGAUCCUGGUGCUGUGCUUCUCCAUGAUGCAUUAUGUAGAUUACUCCAUGAUGUACCACCUGAUCAGAGGACAGUCAGUCAUCAAACUCUACAUCAUCUACAACAUGUUGGAGGUAGCAGAUCGCCUCUUCUCCUCCUUUGGUCAAGACAUCCUGGAUGCUCUCUACUGGACAGCUACAGAACCCAAAGAACGGAAAAGAGACAGUAUAGGAGUCAUCCCUCACUUCUUCAUGGCUGUCUUUUAUGUUUUCCUCCAUGCCAUCCUCAUCAUGGUCCAAGCCUCCACCCUCAAUGUCGCCUUCAACUCACACAACAAGUCCUUGCUCACCAUCAUGAUGUCCAACAACUUUGUGGAGAUAAAAGGAAGCGUGUUCAAGAAAUUUGAGAAGAACAACUUAUUCCAAAUGUCCAACAGUGAUAUCAAGGAACGCUUCACCAGCUACGUUCUCCUGCUCAUCGUUUGUCUCAGGAAUAUGGAGCAGUUCUCAUGGAACCUGGACCACCUGUGGGUGUUGUUCCCUGAUGUCUUUAUGGUCCUCACCUCUGAAGUUGCUGUUGACAUCAUUAAGCAUGCAUUCAUCACUAAGUUCAACGACAUCACUGCAGAUGUCUACAGUGAAUACAGAGCCAGUUUGGCAUUCGAUCUUGUCAGCAGUCGACAGAAGAAUGCUUGUACUGACUACAGUGACUCAGUGGCUCGGAGGAUGGGCUUCAUCCCUCUGCCUUUGGCUGUUCUGCUUAUUCGAGUGGUGAUGAGUUCAGUAAAGGUGCAAGGAGCACUGUCAUACACAUGUGUGUUCCUUUUUUAUCUUGGGCUCGUUACACUGAAAGUGUUGAACAGUAUCGUGCUACUAGGAAAGUCGUGUGUUUACGUGAAGAGGGCCAACAUGGAGGACAAACUGUUUGAGAAACCCUCGACAGCUCCGUCCUCGUCUACGAAGACCCCCAGCAAAGCUGACCAGGCCACAUGUCCGACACCUUCAGGUGAAUCAAAGGUGGAGCAGAUUCCCGUCACACCUUGCAGCACACCAUCCUCUUCCUCUUCCUCCUUUGUGACCACUCAGCCGACUCCCAGGACUGACUUGUUUCCUCCGCCGCCCACUGAAACCUGCCCUGCUGCACUGGCUAGCCAUCCUCCGAUCCCACCGCCUGAAGCUGAGCAACCUGCAACCUCGCUCCCCAAAGAAGAAGAGGCUGAGGCACAUGGAGACUCUGAACUGAAGCACAGGACUCCUCCUAAAAAGGACCUGCUGGAGAUCGACCGUUUCACAAUCUGUGGUAACCGCAUCGACUGACCAGCGGGAUGUAGCGAUUAACCACUCAGGAAAGACGGAGCGCAAACGGUGCCUCAGCCUGGCUCUCCUGGCCAACAGCAGCAGAAAGCUGAGUAUUUAUUAAAGUCAGUGACAAUACAGUAAGUUAUUGUGAAUGUGGACACACGGUGUCAGACGAUCCUGCUGUUGUUGGUGCCUGAAGUCGACAAGUUUGACACACAAAACUUCAGCUGGCUAACAGCAGGAGAAAGAGAGUGUGACUGAGGCAGCCUAGUCGUCAGGAUGAACUGACUUGUGUGUGUGAGAAAGUGUGUGUGUGUGUGUGUGUGUGUGCGCGCGCGUGUGGAAGUGUUAGGAUGAUUCAGUAUUUAGAGUGAACAUGCAGGUGUGAGGGUGUGUGAGACAGCGUAUGUGUGAGCGUGACAGCACACAAGCACUUCUUGUCUGAGCAGCACUGGGACCAGAAGUCAGAAGUUUCUCAGUUCGCUCAGCAGCCAAAAAACAAACUUCCCGAUUCUAUUAUAAGUAACACCUAAAUAAUUUUUCACUGUACCAAAUGUUUACUUUCUCCUCAAGAAAACGUCAUUUCGAAAAGUUUUUUUUUUUUCUUAAUGAGUGUCAUCCAACAUAUCAACCCAAUCAGACACUGGGGCUACUUCAGCAAUUUAGCACAGAAAUUUAGAUCUGGAAUCAGUUUUUAAAAAAGUGUGAUGUUCCUUUAAACACAGGACUUUAAGACAGUGGCUCCCAACCUGAAGGUCAUGACCCUCAGAAAAAAAAGUAAUAUCUAAAAUCUUUUUGCCCUUUUCCUACUGAAUUAACUGGAUAAUCUCACUUUUUGGGGGGUCUCGAAUGCAGAAAAACAAAUGUAAUCACUCUUGGGUUGAACAGGGAACAGCUGGUGAAGAGAGGUUGCAAAAUAAGGCGUCACAAGCCAAAAAAGGUUGGGAAACACUGCGAUAGGAAUCACACACUGUUAAUAUUACAAUCUAUGCAUUGCUGCUUGCUCCAUUAACUGGUGAAUACAGAGUAUACCUCAGCGGGACUAGAUUAAAAAUUGAAGUGAUGCAUCUUUUCUUUUCUUUUUUUUCCAACAUGGUUUGGCGACGUUAUGAACUCAACUGAGAACAGUGACUUUUUAAAAUUUAGAGCCUUAAGUAGAGCCUUUUGUUUACACAGCCAGCAGAUGAAGCCAUUCGCAGCCCACACUGAGCCCCACAGCGACCGAAGGACUUUUCAUUACAGAACCAGUCAGCGUACGUCAUUAAAACGCUGGCAAAUUCUGACCGCUGACUCUAAAGUCUGCUGCUUCCAUCAGCCGCUUAUACACAGCCAGACUACUUUCAGACGUCCACUUUAACAAACGGAGAAGAACAUUUUUGCUUUUUCGCUUGAAAGAUGCAACAAAGCGCAUAUAGACACUGGAGAUAAAGUUUUUUUUUUGUUUUUUUUGCUUGUGUAGGUUGCAUUUUUCCAUUAUCUAUGUCUCUAGACAAACAUCAUUUAAAAUGUCUGAGAUAUAAAUUAUAGCAAAACAGGGUCAUCAUCACUUUGACUAAUAUAAUACGGCAUCCUUCGUCACUUACCAAUGUCGCUUCAUUAAAGAAAUGGUACUUCAUCUUUCAUUACUUUUGAUCUCAUGAAUGUUUGCACUGAUGGGCCGCGUUGUGUUAAAAACACGACUGGUCAUGUUUUCUCAUCCGUCUUAGGACGAUAGAAGCAAUAUUUCCACAACAAAAUGCCUUUCUUUUUUUUUUUGCAUGUGAAUUUUAAAACUUGUUUUUUGUCGACUGACUUUGUGAAGUUGUUUGUUAUUGAUUUCGCCUUUUUCUUUGAUUGCAAAACAAAAUCUAUUAAAUACAAUAUCUACCCUACAUUAUUAUCACAUAUUUACCAUUUAAGCUUUCAUUUGUGACUCGUGUGUGCAAUCGAGUAUAAAAUAAAAUACAAUAUAAUUUUCCUAAAAUUAUAUCAGCUUUAAAAUGAGAGUUCAGGCCAUGAAGCUCCAGCAGUCAUGCCCAAUAUUUACAUAACAGAGCUCAAGUCACUUUAGUUAAUCUGAUCAAAAUUUAUUUAAAUCAAUUAAUAAUGGUACGAUAUAUAGUGCUUUGCCUUUAUUAGAAUAGUCGCAGCAAUUUGAAGAAUUACAAAGAUAUAUACAUGACUGAUACAGAAUAUAAUUAUUAAGGUUAUAAAUGAUCUAUAGUCUCAAAACAAACAAUAUUAAAUUUUAAAAUCUACCUUCUAGUGCACUCGUCUAAUCACUCCUACCAUAUUUGGGACUUUAAAAGGUAAUUUUCUGCCUGGUUAAAUGCACUCUAUAACAAAUGACAUGAUAAUAUAUUUAAAGUUGCUUUGGUAAAAGCUGUCAUAAAGUCAUAUUUUACAUACAGCAGUAGGAAGAUGAUGUAUAUAGUGUAAAAACAUAUCUGCAUUUGUUUGAUUCAGUUUUUGAAAAAAGGCUCUUUUUAAUGUUCAUUACCAUUGUAAUAAGGAAGAAAGUUCUAUUUUUGGAGCUGCCAAGUUGUGAUUUGAUAAUAUUUUUUUUUUGCGCAUGAAACUUGACUCGUGGUUUUGUGAAAUGCUUCGUCUCCGCUGGCUCGAGCUCGGCCUCGCUGUGGUCCCUCUGGCUCAUGGAGCGUCUCGCUGCUUUAUGUCCGCAGCGGAGAUCCAGCUGUUUAUAACUGAACCACAGCUGGACUCAACUCAGCUAACGGAGACGAGGCAAAAGUGUUCUUAUGCAAGCUGCGAUGGUCUGGUACACUGCCUGCUUUGUCUCAUCAGUUUGGUUCCUUUAUUUAAUUCCUACCUUGAUAUUCUAUGCUCCCUUUUGGAUUAAUAAAAGUUGGUU